AUGGCUGGCAUACGAUAUGAAAUAACUAAUGAAGCAUCGACUCAACGAUGUGAAAAUAUUAAGGACAACGAUCCAAUCAUAACUAGCCAAGGAACACAAGAAACAUGGAAAAGCUUUAAAGACAACCAUACAGAUUGGUAUUUUGGUGAUCCAAUCAAUAUUGAUAUUCAGACAACUCCUUAUUUUCAUAUUUGGAAAACAGUUGGUAAACAACUAUGCCAACAUUUUGAUAAUGGAAUGAGAUAUGUCGAGCAAAAUAGUCCACCACCGGCAAAUCACUUUAUCCUUGUAAUCGACCAUUCUAGUUCGAUGAAUUCAUUUGGAUUUUUCGAUUGGGUGGGCAGAAUACUCUACACAGACCCAGAAAAUCUUAGUCCAUGGCAACAUUUACUUAACGCUGUGAAAGAAUUUAUUAAUAUUCGAAUUCGAAAAGCAUGCCUUACUGAUCGAAUGAGCAUUGUGCUUUUUGGAACUCGAGCUUUGCGGCUUCGCUAUCUUGAAGAAUUAAGUAAAAUUGAUAUCACCGAAAUAGGCAAGGAAAAUCCACCAAAAGUCUAA